AUGCGUUUCGGUCAUGCCCCACCUUCCCAUCCAAGUCCGACACCAUCAAUAUCAUUGCCAAACGUUAGAAAAUUAAAAAGAAAAAGAGCACCAAUAAUAGAUGAUGAAGAACCAAAAUUUUCAAAGUUGGAUCAUUAUAAAGGAAUAUUACAUCAUGUGAUACACCAAACAGUAUACAAUUUUGUACUAUCUGAAUCACCAGCUUAUAUUAUUGCAUUAGUAGAACGAGUAUGUAAAUAUAAACAUGCUGAAAUGAAGGAACUUUUAAACCAUAUUUACAAAAAUAUUGAUGACGCGUUUAAUAAAGAUUUUAAACAUUUUUCAAAUUUAUCAUAUAGAGACGAUUUUGAUUCUAAAGAUGAAUGUGAGAAUUAUGUAUUAGAUGUUUUACAAAAAAUAAUGGAUUCUUAUCAACUUUGGGAAAAUAAAUUAAAUUUAUUAAGUAAAUUAUUUGGUUAUAUAGAUCGAAAUUAUUUAAAAAUUCAUAGUUGGAAAAUUCCUAUUAAAACUUAUGGAAUUGAUAAAUUUUAUACAUUUUGUUUUACAACAGAAGGUGAAGAAGAACCUGAAACUUCCCAAUUAAUUUUUCAUUAUUAUAGUAGACUCACAGGAAUAUAUUAUAAAGAUAAAUAUUUUCAAAAAAGGCAUGAUUCAACAAAGAUUCAAGAACUUUUUAAAAAAUUUACACAAAUGCUAUCCUUUAAUGACUGGAAUAGAGAAAAUUAUGCGUUUCGUAUCAGCUCCGCGUUUGACAAACAAGAAGGAAAAGGGUGGUUUUCUUCUGCAAGCGAAUAUCAAUCAUCUUGUUAUUUUCAGCGAAUAUUAUUGGUUCUUUAUGAAGAGAUAACUUAUUUUUCAAAUUAUAUUCAAGUUGAAAACUUGUUAAAUGAUUUAAUACGGGAAUUAAUAAUCAGAAAAAAUUGGGAUGAUCUUUUAUUAGAUGAUUUGGAUUUAAUUUUAGAAAAACCAGAAGAAGUAAAAAUUUUGAAAGAAAUUUGUUCAGAUUCUUUGGAACUUCAUUCUAUUGAUGGAACAUUAAAAUUACUUCAUACCUAUCUGAAUUAUGCAGAAAGAUUAUAUAAAAAAGCUUUAAAUGAUCAAUCAAAUAUGAUACAAACAAUUUAUGAAGCUGAUGAACAUAUAAAACUGAAAAUUUUACAAUAUUUUAAAGAUGAUGAUAGAUUUGAAUAUGAAUCACGUAAAAAAUUAAAAUCUAUACUAGAAGAUAAACAAAUAAAUCAAUUAGUAACUCAACAAUUAAUUAAAUUUUGUGAUUCAACUUUAAAAUCUAAAAAUAAAAAUAAACCUAAUAUUGAUAAUUUGUUAUCAACAGUUUCAACAAUUCUUACUUCAUUAUUAAACAAAGAUCAAUUUUUAAAACUUUAUAGAAAAGAAUUAUCAAGAAGAUUACUUAUUGGUAAAUCUUUAGAUUUAAAUACUGAAAAACUGUUAAUUCAAUUAAUUGAAGAAAUUGUUGGUACUGAUUUAGAUCUUAUGAAAUUAUUUGAAGAUAUCAAUUCAAGUAAAACCAAACAUGUUUUGUUAAACUCAAAAACUAUUCAAUUAACACUCACUACUUUAAAACGUGAUUAUUGGAAUGAUAUACCACAAGAAGAUUUUGGAUCAAUAACUUUACCUCCGGGAUAUUCAAAUUUACUUGACUUACCUGAAGAAAAUAAAAAGUUUGAUUGGUCUAAUUAUAAAUUACAUAAGCUUUCAAUCACUGCAAAUUUUGAAGGUAAAGAAGUGACGAUAAACUGUAACUUAUUACAAGCAGCAGUUAUACUUUUAUUUAACGAUCGUGAUGAAUUAUUAACUAAUGAGAUUACAAAAUUACUCAAUAUGAAUGAAAAAUUACUAAAUUCAAUAAUACAAACAUUUAAUGGUACUUCACAUAUCUUAAUCUUAAAUGAUAACAAACUAACUUAUAAUAAAAAAUUCAAAAGUAAAACAGGAAUAGUAAAUUUACCAAUAAUAAAAGAUUAUCAACAACCAACAUUAAAUCCCAUAGAACCAGAUCAAGAAUUAACAAUUGAAUCAAAUCAAAUAAUUUCAUCAAAUAAAAGAUAUGAAGCAACAAUAAUAAAAAUUAUGAAAAAAUUUAGAGAAUUAUCAUAUUCAGAAUUAUUAAAUAAAUGUUUUGAUAAUCUUUUAAAUUCAAUAACUUUGAUUGAUUUAAAAGCUUCAAUUGAAAAAUUAAUUGAUCAAGAAUAUCUAAAAAGAAAAGAUAUUGAUACAAUUGUUUAUAUACCUUAG